GAGCGCUGCUGAUGCCGCUGAUCCAGGAACUUUACUAGUUGAAUUUUUAUGUUGUCAACUGUGUUUUAACGCGGUUUAAUUUUGCCUAAAUAAAGAAAAAAAAAUCAACAUGAAUCAGUACAAAGCAGGGAUAUUUCUGCAGUAUAGCCUAACAAACGGCAUGCUGCAUUAUGUACCAAAUCUCGCCAGGAUCACAUUCAAAUUCUGCAAAUCUCAUGCAUCGUCUCGUUACAUGCGCGAAUUUAUUGAGCAGGAGAUCGUGGAGUUUGCAAAGGCAAAUCCCGCCACGGUUGUCUAUCUGCGACCUAGGAGACAUCGAGAUCCCUCGAUCGUUGCAGAAUACGUAAACGGACACAGAGAGCAGCUUCGGUGCAAUCCAUUUCUUAAGAAUGAACUUAUUAAAUGGGUAGAACAUUUGAGAACUUCAGCGGGUCAUGAUGCGAGAAAACUUCUCCGUUACCAGGCGACUAGCACACCUUCAAUACAAGGACCUUGGCAUCCCUGGGUGCAUAGAAAAACGGAAAACAACUUUAAGACGUUACCUUCGGAAGAGCUUUCGCGAGCUAUCGAGAAGAUGCCAUCUGCCACACAAAGGGUUCUGGACGCGGCUGCCAUUCGUCUUCGAUAGGCAGCUUCCAACCUGGCAGGAGCAAGGUUCAGCAACGAAUACCUGCUUUUAUAAUAUUCGUUUUCUUUUUACAUACUCAGAAAACUACCUAAGACUAAAUAAAUAUCAAAUUUGUUGUGAUAUAUUCACGUUUCGUCUGGCCAGUGCGCACUAAAGCUCAUUUGAAUACGGGCAUCGAGGUUCGGCUAAAAUAAGAGCUCAUUGGGUUUUGUUUUUAGAUCUAUACGGUCGAAUAUCAGAACGAAAUUCGAACAACAGUUUCAAUUAAAAUAUAUAUUUUAGGUUGACAACAUAAUUCAAGAAGUAUCUGAUUUCUAAUUUAGUUCACUUCCGCUGUAUUGAAUACGGCAAACAUAUGCGAUAUUGACAAGUC